CUUUACUAAUCGUUGUGACGCUCCCCCUACCACGCUGCCUUGCAUGUGAUUUGCCAUGAGUGUGUAGUCAUCUGAUUUAGAGGACUGAGAAGAGAGCGAGGCUAUGACAACGCUGCUCUGAAGACAUUUUUUAGGGUUCUGUACAGAAAAAAUAACCCCCUUUUUUAAUAUCAUUUGCAAGGGGCUCUGCAGCCAUGGUUUGAUGCAGAAACUUGCCUGCUGCAGAAAUGCCUGGAGGCCAGUACCAGGUGGCGAGCGCCAGGCUCCACCACAGCCUCUACAGCCUGACGGACAGCUCUGAUGCUGGGCCUGAGGAUGAGGAGACAGACAACCUCACUCCCCUGGAGAAGCUCACCAGAGAUAUGUGCAAGGACGAGCAGACCAUCAAGGAGCUGAUCAUAGGGCGCAGAAUUGGAUUCUAUAUGGUCCGCGGGGAGAUCGGCUACGGGACAUUCUCCAGGGUCAAACUGGCUUUCCACGCUCUGACGAGAGACAAAGUGGCUCUGAAGAUCCUGGAUAGGACGAGGCUGGAUGCUGAAGCCCAGCGUCUUCUCUCCAGGGAGAUCAGCAGCAUGGAGGCCCUGCACCACUCAAAUGUGAUCCGUUUGUAUGAGGUCGUGGAAACGCCGAGACGCCUCCACCUGGUGCUGGAGUAUGCAGGAGGAGGAGACCUCCACAGCAGGAUAUGCAGCGAGGGAAAAUUGUCAGACAAUGCCAGCAAGAUCACCUUCGCCCAGAUCCUCUCUGCCAUCAAACAUAUGCACAGCAUCAACAUCAUCCACCGGGACCUGAAAGCAGAGAAUGUCCUGUUCACCAUCGACGGCUGCGUGAAGGUGGCUGACUUUGGAUUCAGCACACAGAUGUCAAACUGCAACAAUGCCCUGGACACCUUCUGUGGCUCGCCGCCCUACGCAGCCCCAGAGCUCUUCAGGGAUGAGUCCUACCUGGGGCCUCCGGUAGAUGUUUGGGCAAUGGGAGUCCUGCUUUUCUUCAUGGUGACCGGCACCAUGCCGUUCCGUGCCGAAACCAUGGGCAAGCUGCGGCGCUGCGUCAUUGAAGGCAAUUACACCAUCCCCCCCUGGGUGCCAGGACCCUGUCAGAGGCUCAUAAAAGGCAUCUUGAAGCUGGUCCCCAGUGAACGAUAUGCUAUCGACCAGAUGCUGGGUUGUGAUUGGCUCUUACCUGUGGAGUUCCCCUGGCCGUUUCUCCCUUCCGACUCAAUGACCACCCUGCGGAGCCUGAUGGUCUCGGAGAACACCAGCCUGGAAGAGGAAGUGGAGGAGGUCAGAAGCUCGCUGGAGAAGCUUGGCUUUACCGCAGAGCACCUGCAAAACAAUCCGCUGAAAGACAGCCGGAGUCCUGUCACCGGGGUCUACCGCAUCCUGCUUCACCAGGCCCAGAAGAAGAAGGGCUGCGACUCUCCCCCAGUAGUCCGAGGGAUGGUGAGAGACCCCAAGAGGGAGGGGCUCCGGGCCUACAGGGGCCUCAGGCACACCUCCAAGUUAUGUGUGCUUUCAUAAUAAAGCACUGCUUUUGCACAGACUUAUUUUAUACCAACUUGCAACAAACAGGAACAUUUUUAAAUGACUUGUAGCUUUUACAGUUUUUAGCUUUUGAUAAAUUUGUUUCACUCCUCCUAAUGCAACUCAGGUGUCAACCUGCAGCAAUGCCCCAGUCACCUUCUGCACUUUUUGGAAUACCCUAAAUGUUAAAUAAACAUGGAAGUGCCUAAUGAAAUUAAACAAAGGUAGUA